UAAUAGUGUUACAAGCGACCAACAACAAAUUAAUGACAAAAGGAAACAGCAAAAAAAAUGUAACCUUUAGUACUCUGAGACUGGUUGCAAUUUCGUUGAGAAUCCUAUUAUGAAGCCUUUUGAGAGGAACAUUAAUAAUGCGAAUCAAGAAUUGCUUUUAUUAUUGCAUCUUGUUAUCUUCAAAUCGUAUCAUUAUUUUUCAUGAGCUUAUUAUCAUUAUUUUCCUGUCUCUUUUCCCUGCUCUUUACCAUCCUCUUUACCUGGUCUAAAAGAUGUUCAUCUUCAUUUUUAUCCUCUUUUUCCUCUUCCCUGUCCAUCCUUUUCAUCUUACCUUGACACUCGUUAUGCUCAUUCAAUGAAACUUUCACUUCAAUAGAAAGAAAACUAAUUGUCAUUAUUCAGAUCAUUAGCAAUCAUCAAAUCAAUCAUGAAACCAAAUCGCAAAAUUUGCAAAAAGAAAACCCAAAAAUAUUUUUCCACAAAUUUUCACCAAAAAAAAUUCGAAGAGUUUCAAAGCAUCUUUGAAAUUUGAAUAGAGAAUCAAAAUGAAUUGACUUGAAUAGAACUGGAAAUGAAUGAUUUUCAUCAAAAAAUCAACACAAUGAGCAAAAAGUGUAUGAAUCACAAUUGAAGUGUCAAGUUGCCAAUUGAUUUUGUUUGCCUUUCACUGACAUUGUUGAAAUGAAAACAAUCAAAUGUUGAUAUGUUUUUGUAUCAACAUCAUUACAUUUGAAAGUGUAAAAAUAAGUUACAGACAGGAGAAAGUUUAAAGCUUGUCUGACCAGUUGUCAGGUUAAGCUGGCUUCCUUGAUUAACCGUUAAACCAGAGCAAAGGCUGCAUAAUAUUCAAAAAUAAACUAACCAAACAAGUAUCAAAACGCACAUCAUCAUCAUUAUCUUCAUCAACAUAAUCAUCUAAAUCGUCAUUAUCAUGCUUUUAAAAUAACCAUCAACUUUUCAUGAUGAUCAUCUAAUAGUGCAAUAUAAUAUUAUAUUAAAGUUGGGUUCCACUUCCGCUUGAAUCAAAAGCCCGUCAAAGCGUAACAUCGAUGAGACCAAAUCAACGAAAAGUGAACCUUUUUUUUCAUCAACUUUUUCUUCUUUUCUCUUCCUUUCUUUUCCUUUUCUUUUCUUAAAAAUAACUUUUGUUGUUUUCAUGAUGAUAACGAUGAUGAUCAUUUCAGUCAAGUAAGACUCUCACUGAUUACCUGUAUUUUCAAACUUUCAGUUUUCCGUGAGUCGAUUGGAGAGACUUGGCUAAAACUGAAUCAACUUUGCUUCAAUCAUAUUCAUCUAAAAACUAUGCGACCGUCCAAUUGAUUUAUUUUUGCGAGUUUAUCUUUUUCGAGUUUCAAUUUUGUUCCAAAGUGCCUAAUCAUGGUUGUUGAAAUAAAGACGACGACAACUGCAAAUCUUCCCGAUUUACCAACCAUCAAGAUUAAUAAGGUCAUUGGUUCACCUGUGGAUCAACCAAUUGCCAUUGAUGCCAAUCAAGAUGAACCGUUAACGUGUUGCUCCAAGUUUAAAGCAACAAUUGAAUUUAUCAUAUUUGAUAUUCGCUGGAUUCAAGUGAUUUAUCAUUUAACAUUGAUUGGAGCAACUCUUUAUGGUAUAACAAAAGAUGCAGUUUUUUUCUCAACAAAUUAUCACAACACUUCAAGCAUCUUCCCUAUGCUUUAUACUUGGGCUUUUGGUUUCUCAUUGGCAAUCUUUGGUAGUAUUGGUUUAUCAGCUGGUUGUCAUCGUUUAUGGAGUCAUCAUGCUUACAAGGCAAAGCUUUUCAUGAGAAUACUCUUGGCUUUAAUGUUUACUUCAGUAGCUGAGAGUACCAUUUAUUAUUAUGUAAAACACCAUCGAGCCCAUCAUGUUUUCAUUGAUACCCAUGCUGAUCCACAAAAUGUGCACCGAGGCUUUUGUUUUGCCCAACUUGGUUGGCGUUUCUUGAAGCCCAGACCCGAGUAUAGAACCAAGGUUACAACUCUCGACUUUCAAGAUGCUCUUAACGAUCCAGUUGUUAAAUAUCAAAAGAUGUUUUUCCCUCCAUUGGCUCUUUUACUUGGAUACGUUUUACCAACGAUAAUUCCUUACUAUUUAUGGGGCGAUAGUUUACUCCAUGCCUUCCUUAUUGCUGGUUGUGUUAAAUCUUGUUCAGUGAUUACAGUCCAUGGUUUAUUGGGAAGUGUCAGCCAUAUGUAUGGAAAGCGUCGCUAUAAUAAAAAGAUAACUGCUCGAGAUAUUGGUUUAAUGUCGGUUAUUGCGGCUGGUGAAGGUUACCACAACUUCCACCACACCUUUCCAUAUGAUUACACAGUUUCUGAAUUUGGUCAAACAUUCAACAUAAGUAAACUGUUCAUCGACUUUUUCGCUUUAUUUGGCCAAGCUUACAAUUUAAGGAAGGCUUCACCAGAAUUUAUUGAAAAAGCCAAAAACAAGACUCUCAACUUUAAUGAAGUUCCUGCUGUUUAGAGUGACUUUUAUCACCACUACAGAUUGAGUUCAAUCAAUUAACUAAUCAAACAACUUACUCAAUUCAAAUCUCAUCUCAACUCUCAACCCAACUCAUAAUAAUCUUCAGAUUAUUCUUGUAAACAUAAUCAACACAAAUCCAAUCACCUCCAUAAAACCCACAUAACCUUAAUCCUUCCCCAUUAUAAACUCAUAUAAUUUAGUAAAUUUUUGCUUAAUCAAUUCAAUAUAAGUCUUUAUCUCAACCUAAUAAUCAAAACUCAUUAUUUAAACCAGCAGACUUAUAUUCUUGAUAUUGUUAUUCAGUGGAUAUUAAAAUAAAAUUGGUUGGAAUUGUUUAAAUUUUAAUGUAAACUUGUAUAUUAUUAGUUGAGUUUCACACAAAAUCAAAAAUAUGAUGUUAAUGGUUUUGGUGUUUCCUAUUUGUUUAUUGUUUAUAAUUAAAGAAUUGUUAACU